GUGGCUGGUGAUAGCAGUUGGGCUUGUGAGAGCAUACCUGGCUAAGGGCAGCUACCACAGUCUUUAUUAUUCAAUAGAGAAGCCUUUGAAAUUUUUCCAAACAGGAGCCUUACUGGAGAUUUUACAUUGUGCUAUAGGAAUCGUGCCGUCUUCUGUUGUCCUGACUUCUUUCCAGGUGAUGUCAAGAGUUUUUCUAAUAUGGGCUGUAACACACAGUGUCAAAGAGGUGCAGAGUGAAGACAGUGUCCUUCUGUUUGUUAUUGCCUGGACAAUCACGGAAAUUAUCCGUUACUCCUUUUACACAUUCAGUCUAUUAAACCAUUUGCCUUACAUCAUCAAAUGGGCCAGGUACACACUUUUCAUCGUUCUGUACCCAAUGGGAGUAACAGGAGAACUACUCACAAUAUAUGCAGCUCUGCCCUUUGUCCGACAGGCUGGCCUGUACUCCAUCAGCUUACCUAACAAAUACAACUUCUCCUUUGACUACUAUACAUUCCUGAUUCUGGUAAUGAUCUCCUACAUUCCACUUUUUCCCCAGUUGUACUUCCAUAUGAUACACCAGAGAAGAAAGAUCCUUUCUCGAACUGAAGAACACAAGAAGUUUGACUAGCUCUCCACACCACUAUCCCAAACCAAACUUUUCCAUGAUCAAAAAAUGCUGCAGACUUUUUGAGUUCCCAGUACAUUUCAUAGAAAAUAAGUAAGAACUAUUUUUAAAAUAUUAAAAACAAAACAAAAUAAAAAUCAAAAUCCGGUGUCACAUGGGCCUGGGAUUUUAUAAAAAAUAAAAAUAAAAAUGCAAAGAGCUGUUCACUAAAGCAUCCUAGCUGGUCCUUUGAGCAUGUUCGAAUCAGAAGUUCCAGUAUCUAUGAUGGCUAGAAGGGGCUGGUACUUUAUCUCCUCCAUGUCCUUCAUGUAUCUGACAAAUAAAGACCUGUAACACUAAGUUCUUGAGAGUUACAGUCUGAGUAAUGACAUUGCACCAACUUGCGGUAAAAGUUAUGUUGCAGUCUGCAGUGUGUUUAGCAUUCCCUUCUCAAAGUGCUUGACUGCAUGCUGGAAAUUCUUUGUAAUUUUGAAGCAGCAAUUUGUCCUCUGGAAUGCUCUGAAGUUCUGGCUAGGACCCAGCCCCUCAUAUCUAGUGAAUGAGUUACAAGAUGUAUAUGCCUGUGAAGCUUUGGGUAGUGCCUGUAACCAGAAAACCACUAAAAGCCUUUCAUUUGUUUUCAAUUGAGUCAUUACUGCCUGCCACUAAGAACUGUGCUUGGAUUUAGGAAGUCUGUGUAUACUGUAGAGAUCCUUACCUGGAGCUUAGCUUCUGUCAGAUUCUAACAAGCCACAGUGUGAAGGGGAGGCUUCAUUGUACUUAGCUCAGAACACAGAUGUGUAUUGGCCCAGAGCUGUUCUCAUUACACAGAAGGAGGAAAUCUGUAAUUAAAAACACUUGGAAGCUGUUGCUUUACCACCAUAGUCCAGAAAAGCAUCCAGAAAUAGAUUUAUAUACUUACCUUUUUUUUAAAUUUUUUACUCUUCCGUUUAGAUACUUUCCCUGACUGUGGUCCUGUGUUAACUCCCACCAAGUUGUAAAUUCAGUGACAACACAUGUUCUAGGAUGAGCUAAAAGCACUAUCAUCCCCACAUGUCAGAGCAGCCACCAGCUGGCUUGUGACUGUGGACAUCGUCUAAUAGUGUCUUCACAGCACUUAAUUGCAUAACCAUCUAUUUAAGUCCCUUUAGGAAAGGUUUGAAGGAGACAGGCAAAACUCGAGUUACUGCCCUGCCCACUGCUCCUCACGGCGCACUCAGCACACUCUGCUUUUAAAAAUAGAAAGCAAGGGUUUUGAUAAAAAUGCCAGGCCCAAGUUUAGAUGUGCACUUGACUUUAAACAGCACAUUAAUAGAAUCACUUCCCUUGUUUUCUUUCUUCUUUUUUUCUUUGUUUAUCUUUAAGACUUUAAAAAUCUUGCCAUUGUUAUUUAGCAUAUAAUUGUCCCAAUCAAAAGAAAAUAAUGAAAACUAUAUUUUCAAACCUGUGUUUUCAUAGGAGCUAGAAAAGCUAAUGCAGGCAGGUGUGUAAUAAGUUUUUGUCAAAGGGAACAUUAGAAUUCUGCCUCGAGUCAGCUCUCUUGACUUGACUUGUGUUGAAAUCAGAAUCUAUUCUGGUAUUUGAUAGACAAAUAUGUGGGAAAGGUUUUCUUCAGCUUUUUAUUCCCCCAAACUAUACUUCUGUAAAACAAAGUCAGCUUGGAUUUUAUCAGCCUUGUUACAGUAUCUGACUGAGAUUGUUACAGUUGCAUUGGAAUGGCUGCAAAAGGUGGUGUGAGAAGCAGAUCUUCCAGCCCAAGGACAGGGCUCCUCCUCAGUGCCUCAAAUUGCCUCAAAUUGAAUUUGGGUGAGGAGAACACAAUCACCAGUUUCCUUCAAAACGGGUCUCAAUCCAGUGUCUUCUGGGCGUGAGCACUGAAGACACACACAGCAAUGAGUGAAGAAGGUGUCUGUCAGUCACCUCUCUUGGCAACUAGGUUUUAUGCUUUUUUUUUUUCAUCCCUAACAUGAAUUAAUUUCUCCUUUGAGGUAAUGAUGUUCUUUUAUAAAUUGAGAAUAUCCAGUCUCCCCAAGUGUCACGUCUAAUAGUGAGGUGUGAACAAAGAAGGUGCUUCUCUGUGGUGUGGGCACUUUGUCAGACUUAGAGACAUCUUCCUGCUUGACUGCCUCAGAUCUCCCGAGGCGCCCUCUUGAAGGGAUGGGUUCUUUGAGGUGCACAGCAGUGCUCUGUAGAUGUGUGGUGUUAAUCUGCAUCGUGCUGAGGUUAGGACCACUCGUUGCAGGUGUCUGCUCCAUAAUCAAAGGCCCCGUGGAGUUAGUCAUAGAAUAAAGCACUGUCCUGGACGGAAAAGCCCCUCUAAAAGCAAACUGAGCAAGAGGACAAUGUGACUGACACCAGACCCAAGAGGCAGAUGAGGGGUCAGUCACGCUACUGCCUUUCUCCUGGGUUUGCUUUCCAUUUCUAAUAAAAGCCUGAUGUUGCUGUUGUCCAACCUGAAAAUCACAUUCAGUUCUGAGUUUCAGAUAAACCAUUAUAAAACAUCAAAGUCAGUACAUACUGCUCCUUUGAAAUUUGCGUAAAAAAUUAUACAACCAUAUAUAUAUAGUCAUUUUUGUAUUUUUUCUAUGUUGUGAAAGCCAAAAUUGUAAUUUUAUAAGUCUUUGAUUCACUAAAAUUAUAUAAUUUAAAUGUAUUUUUUGUAUAUUUAGAAAUAAGGAGCUCAAAGACUAUGCUUAACUUUCUAUGCAUGCAUUUGAAAGCUGUUUUUAUCUGAUGUUAAUGUAGUAAGUUAUACUCAUAAAACACUGAUCUGCGUUGCAUUGAAAAUAAACUGGUGUGUGCUCUGCCUGGA